UGAAGGCAACCCAAGUGUCAGGGCAAAGCUUCAGCCUGCAGGUUCUAGGGACAAAGUGGGGCCAGCAGAGAACUGUGGUCUCCUCCUGCCCUGUCAAUCCUUCCUGAGAACUGAACACCGGACCUUGGCUUAGGGAGAAGGGAAGCUAUGGACAUAGAUUUCAUAUACCUACUCUGUCUGGGGCUGUGCCUGUGCUAUGGCGAUGAGGAAGAGAAUGAGGAACUUCCCAUACCUUCCAUCAGUGCCUGGCCCAGCUCUGUGGUCAGGUGCAAGAGUAACGUCACUCUCCGAUGCUGGACUCAUUUCCAGAAUGUUACAGUUACUCUGGGAAAAUUGCACAACUCUGGGUACCAGCAGGAGCUAAGAUCAGCGGCAAAGGAGGCUGAGUUCCACCUCACUCAUGUGCAGCCUGAAGAUGCUGGGGGCUAUUUCUGUGCUUACAGGACAGCAGCUUCCCACAGGUGGUCAGCACGGAGUCAGCACUUACAGCUGGUGGUCACAGAUGGAGUGGGAGGAGGUGGAGGAAAUUCCCCCCGACCAUCAAACAACAAACGCAUCAUCCUUACCACCUUCAGCUGCCUCUGCAUCUCUCUCCUCUUUGUCUCCAUCUACCUUAUCUACAGAUGCACUCAGCAAGGUUCAUCACAUGAAGAGCCUCCCAAGAGUGACACUGAGAGCGAUCACGUGUGUAAAUAUGAACAUGAAGCCAGCUGCGCUGAGUGACACCUGGAAUCCAACACUCAGGAGGCUGAAGCAGAAGACUGUGAAUCUGAGGUCAACCUGAGCUGCAUACAGAGAGCAUAUCUCAACAUACACACAGAGAGAAACACAC